AUGGGCACGCCACUGUAUACUGCACUCGGCGACGCGCUGGAGUCGUUUACGGCCGCGAGCUGGGCUGCACGCGAGCCUAUGCUCGCGGGUCAUUCUGGCCCUCAGGCGCUGGUACCCCUCGAUCGCGAGCUGUUGAAGGAGCAGGUGACCCAGUUGUGGGCUACGAUCGGGAGCGGCGAGCCGUCGACGGGUAAGCGCGCGGACGUGCUGCGCUACACGCUCGAGAUGGUCGCCCGGGAUCUGGUUGUGCGGCCGGUGAUGAACCGCGAGCUCACCGAGCCCGAAGCUUCCGCACCUGACACUACAAAGUCGCGCUUCCAGACAGCUGUGCAGGACCGGCUGGACAUUGUCCUGACGCUCCUCGAGGUCGUGUUCGCUGCCAACCCCGCGCCGGCUCUCGAAACCGGCGCCCUCUUCAUCCCGCUGCUCGAGGAGUUUCCAGAACUCCUCCUCUCAUCCACUUGGCACCAGCUGUUCGAGUACGUUGAGAGUCGGGCGACGCGCUUCACGAAGGACAUGCCUGUCGCCAAGGGAAAACAGUUGAGCAUGCUGCGCCUCAUCAACUCGUUCCUGCGAAUGUUGAGUUGCACGCCCGGCGACCUCGAGCUGCGCGGCAGAGUGCAGAUGUUUGCCAGCCGCGCCAUCAGCGUGGCGGACAAGAGCGCGAUCAACCUCCGUGGCGAGUAUGCGCGCGUAUCCACCACCUGGGAAGGCGAGGAGGCUUCCUCCCCCAAGGCGGAUGGGGACGUCGAGAUGGCCGACGACAGCAAAGCGGCCUCACCGUCUCAGCCCGACUUCUAUGCUGCCCUUUGGUCCCUCCAGCCGUAUUUCGCCUAUCCGCCCAGCCUCGACGGGCCGGAAGUCGGCGGAUCUACGCCGUUCGACGAGUUCCGCACCAAGUCGGACUUUGUGCUCGCGCGCAUGUUCGAGGCGACGCGCAAGGAGCGUGUGCUUCUUGGCCGUAACCCCGAACGUGCUACUGCAGCCCGUAAGCGAUCACACGCCGAGCCCGACUACCCGCGCUACCUGACGAGCCGGAGUUUACUGGAGUACGAGGUCGCGGACCCGGCGUUCCGCCGCCAAAUCCUCAUCCAGUACUUUAUCCUCUUCCAGUUCCUGCUCAGCCUUACGAAGGACAGCGCGAAACAAACCGUCACGGGCGGCAUGCCCAAGACCUUCGUCCUCGAAGGCAGUAAUGCCGAUUGGGUCGCCGCGACAGCCCGUGUGAUCAGACAGGAGCUCAAGCAGAUGCCGGACGGAAUGGACGUGGACCGCGUAGUUGCCGAGCUCAUGAACCGCGAACGCCGAUACGCUGGCUGGAAGAACGACGGGUGCCACGAGGCCGAGUGGCACCUCACCCCCGCGUCGACGGACCUGGCACGCAGCGCGGCGGCAAAGUGGAAGCGACACUGCGGGCCCAUGCGGCACUGGAUGCAUCCCAUGGGUACGCCGGCUUUAUCGCGGAUCCAGGCGAGCAAGUAUACCGACAUGAGCGACUUUCUUGGCGACCCUGUGCGCUCCGAGACGGUGUUUACGCUCGAGGAGAAGCUGGCCGAGAUCGAGGCUGAGGAGGAGGACGACCGGGCAAUGGGCCGCGAGUCGCCAGCCGAGCUGAGAGAGCAAAAACGCAUCAUCAACUGGCUCGCACUCCGCCAAGCGCGGCGCACACACCCGCGCUUUGUCGCGUCCCUCGGCAUGGAGUAUAACCUGCACAAGCUCGUCGCGGCUAUCCGCGAAAACGAGGCCAAGGUCGCUGCCAAGCGGGCGGCCGUCGAGGCGGGCGAGGAAUCGGGUGAGGAGAAGGAUGAGGGUGGGGAAGGCGGGGAAGGCGGGGAAGGUGGAGAGAAGGACGAGAGCGACGACGAGCGGCCCAGCCCGAACAGGGACAGCUCGGGCUCGCCUCCCGAGGCCAAGACGGGGCGUGCGGCAGCGGAGGAGAAGCCUGGGAGCCCCUUCGCUGCUACGGCUGCGGAGGUAGCGAAGGCCGAGGAUCUGUCGCCGGCCAAGUCUGCCUCUCCCAAGUCGCCCAAGGCUUCAAGAACUGUGUCGCCUGCCGAACCUGAACAUGCCGAGCCUGUUGGUGACGCAGACGUCGAGAUGAAGUCGGCUUCUGAGGAGGGCGACCUGGCGCCUGCGGAGUAG